UCUAUAUUAUAAUACCCGUGUGCGUCUGUCUGUCACGCAAAAUGGUACCGUACCGUAAGUAGCGAGACGCGCUUAAGUGGUAUAAAAAGGAUGGGCGGACCCGUGGAUUCUUCCACGGGCCAUCGACUAGUCUAAUCUAUUGCGUUUAUUAACAGUUUCUUUCUUUUUAUACUUGAAUGUCACAAAAAAUUUCCAUCUGCUUUAUAUUUUAGGUGAUUUGCAAACUUAUGACUUUAACAAGAUGAACGAAGAAGGAAAGGCUAAAAUGAUUUUGUCUGUUUUGUUUUGCCCCGAAUUUGCUAUAGACUGUAUAAAUGAAAACGAAAGUGUAGACGAAGAUGCGUUUCGAAGGAUGGUCGAACAGGAUCUUCCAAAUUGCAUAAGUGACGAAUCAUUCGAUAUAAAACUAAUUAGGAGAUUUUGCCUAAAAGAAACUUAUGGUAAGCUGUGCAAAUACAUAAAAGAUGCAGUUGAAUCACGGAAAGAAAGUUUGUGUGGAAAUUGUAAAGCAGAGUUAGUCGAACCACGCUCUUGUACAAAGUGCUUAGUCAGAUACCACGACAUUUGUUUUAAUAGCACAGAUGGAAAUAUUUGCUUUAGUUGUGAGAAAUUUUUGAAAAAACGAAAAGAGGAGAUGGAAAAAGCAAUUGAAGAAGAACAACGUGAAAAAAAAGAACUAGAAAGGUGGUUUUGUCAUUGGCGGCUGCUGUUAAGAAAAAUGGCACAUGACGGAAGUUUGAUGGAUAUUGUGCAAGAGUCAAGUGAUCCUGAUAACAAUAAAUUACUUGCGAUUUGUAAGUACGAAGGGAAAAAGUACGCCCACGCGCUGGAAGAAUUAUUCAACACAUUUCCGAAAUUCGAAAAGGAGUAUAAGUUAUAUGCCAAUGAUGAAACUGAACCAAAGGAAAAAAUUUUACAUUUUGUCCAUCACGGUUAUAAGGAGAGCUUUGACAUUGGUAAAACUACCUGUGCUAGAUUAGAACAUAUUGUUAUGCGACUCGUCAAUGCGUAUAAGUCAUGAACCGGUAACACGACUGAUGUAUUUUUAUUUUUGUUCUAAUUAACUUACUUGUGUUGGUUCAAGAACUUUCAUUUUGUAAAAAUUCAGAAAGUUUGGUAUAUGGAGAUCUUUAUCUUUAUAUACUGCAAUUUUAAUAGUACAGUUUUUAGUAGUGUUUGGUACACUUUACACGUUUUUUUUGUCUCCGUCAUGUCGUGGAAUAAAACCGGAGUUUUGUUUGCUUUGAGUUUUUUUGUAUUUUUGCCACGAUUAUGUACUAUAUUUACUUUUUGCAAAAUAAUACCUUUUUGGUGUAUUUAUCGUGAUUUCCGUUAUUACUGCCGGCAGACUAAUAUCUCUCUUUAUUCUGCCGGUAGUUGAUUACUGCC